AUGACAGCCUCGUCGACCUCGAACCCCACCACGACGGCCGUCUCGGCGCCUGGCAAGGUGCUCCUCGCGGGCGGCUACCUCGUGCUGGACCGGGCCUACACGGGCCUUGUCUUCGGGCUCAGCGCCCGCAUCAACGUCGUGGCCGCCGAGAUCCACACCAUGCCCGGCGUGCACCUCACCGAGAUCGUCGUCGAGAGCCCGCAGUUCGUCGACGCUGUGUGGCGCUACGGGUUCCAUCUCGCGCCCGAGGACGGCGGCAUCACCGUCACGCAGCUGCAGGUCGGCUCCAAGAUCAGCCCCAACCCCUUUGUCGAGACAACCCUCAGCUACGCCCUCACCUACAUCGCCCGCAUCAACAAGCAGCGCCCUAACCACUCCCUCACCUCGACCCGCCUCAUCAUCCUCGCCGACAACGACUACUACUCGCUGCCCACCGGCGCCGCCGCCACCGCCGCCACCGCCGCCGGCAAGGGCUCCCGCUUCGCGCGGUACCCCCACACCAUCGGCGAGGCGCACAAGACGGGCCUCGGGUCCUCCGCCGCGCUCGUCACCUCCCUCACCGCCGCCCUGCUGACGCACCACCUCCCGCCCGUGCUCUUCGACCUCACCUCGGAGGCCGGCAAGCACACGCUGCACAACCUCGCGCAGGCCGCGCACUGCGCCGCGCAGGGCAAGGUCGGCUCCGGCUUCGAUGUCGCCGCCGCCGUGUUCGGGAGCUGCAAGUACCGCCGCUUCUCGCCGUCCCUGCUCUCGGACCUCGCGGCCCCCGGGGCGCCGGGCUUCGCGGACGCGCUGGUGCGCAAGGUCGACGAGGUCCUUGCGUGGGACGUCGAGGUGGACAAGACGGGGGUGAGCCUGCCCGAGGGGGUGUGCUUGCGGAUGUGCGACGUGGACUGCGGCAGCCAGACGGUGGGCAUGGUCAAGAAGGUUCUGGAGUGGAGGAAGAACCACCCUGAGGCGUCCAAGGCGCUGUGGGACGCGCUGCAGGCCAAGAACGAGGGCCUCGCCAAGGUGCUCAAGGACGGCGAGCUCGAAAGCGUCGGGGCGGCGGUCGGGGACGUGAGGAAGCUGAUCCGCGACAUGGGCGAGGGCAGCGGCGUGCCGAUCGAGCCCGCGUCGCAGACCGAGCUGCUGGAUGCCCUGGGCAAGGUCGAGGGCGUGUUGGGCGGCGUGGUGCCCGGUGCCGGCGGUUUCGACGCGCUUGCGCUAGUGAUGCGGGACGACGACGCGACCAGGCAGAGGGUCGAGGAGUUCCUGGAGGCCUGGAGCAAGGAGAAGGGCGGCCGGGUGCGGCUGCUGAGCGUGAGGGGAGAGAUGGAGGGCGCGAGGAGAGAGGAGCUGGACGCGUAUGCCGGGUGGUUGUCUUGA